AUGCCCGCCGUCGUCGCUGCUGCUGCUGCGGCAGCUGCGUCAGGCGGCGCGCUCCUGCUCUGCCUGCUCCUCAACUGCUGCACGCAGCCGGCGUCGGACGCGGAGAGAGAGAGGGAGAGGGAGGAGGACGAGGCGUCGCCGCUGCUGUCGGGGUCUGGGCCGGGUCCGGGAAGGGAGGCGGGGAGCGGCCACGAGAAGGAGGAGCCGUGGCCGGACAGGGCGCCCGUGACCUGCUGCGAGGCGACCGCGGUGGCAGCGCGCACGGCGUGGCGUACGUGGGAGUUCACCGUCGGGCGGUGGGGCCUCCACGGGCUUGCCUUCGGGAUCAAGCGCCACAUGAAGCGUCAGGGUAAUUUGCAGCAUGAGUAUAGUGGAAAUGAUUGUCUCCAACUUAAAGGGCAUCAGACAUAUACCAAAGUGUCUUCUCUUCUUGAGUACUUGAAGCUUUGCAUGUUCUUCUCAAAGAAAUCUUGUUCAGCAUUUCUGAAGUUUGGUGGGUACAAACAAGAAGAUAUUCUUAUUCACAAGGCUAGGGCGAGGCUCAUGCAGCCUUCUUUCGCAUUGGUGUGUGACCAAAGAACCAAGUGCUUGCUGCUUUUCAUUCGGGGUGCUAUCAGCACUAAAGAGCGCCUGACUGCAGCGACUGCUGCUGAAGUUCCUUUUCACCAUAUAAUUCUAAGUGAAGGAAAGAUCAGCAAUGUAGUUUUAGGAUAUGCACACUGUGGGAUGCUUGCUGGAGCUCGUUGGAUUGCAAAACUUAUUAUUCCCCAUCUUCAUAACAAAAUGCAGGAAUUUUCUGGGUACCACAUAAAGGUCAUUGGGCAUUCAAUGGGAGCUGGCAUUGGAGCGAUUCUGACUUAUAUUGUCCGUGAGCAUUAUGAGUUCUUGUCAUGCAGCUGUCUGGCAUUUGCUCCUCCUGCAUGUAUGACAUGGGAGCUGGCGGAGUCAGGCAAGGAUUUCGUCACUUCUCUUGUCAAUAGAAAUGAUGUGGUGCCAGCAUUUUCGAAAGUUUCUUCUGAGAGCCUGCGAUCUGAGGUGAUGGUAUCAUCAAAGCUGGAUGAUGUGCAGGAUCACUUUAACCAUGGUUUAUUCGCCAGUAUAAGUCAGCGUGUUGCCUUCAUCAAGUCCCAUAUGCUCUCCAUCUCUAACUCAACAGGGAAGAUUGCAAAUCAUGGCUCUAGUAUUUCUGAGCCUUUGCUCCAAGAAUCGGCAAAUACCAUACCGCCUACAGCAAAUGGACACAGCACUGACUGUAGCCAGCAACAAGUUGUUGCCUGUGAAGAAACGGUCGUUCUACUAGUCAACAACGACCAUUUGACGUGUGCCAAGCCUGCUGAUUCAGGCCUCACAUCACAAGAAGGUUCAGACAGCAACGCAGCAUCGGACACUCAACAAUCGCCCCCGCCAACAGACGAAGGAGAAGAAGAAGCAGCCCCCAACCAGAACGGCGCCGGAAAGUAUAAGCAGAAAGAACCGGUUUCAGCGGGCUGUUCGUCGCGCCAGCUCUUCCCUCCUGGGAGGAUCAUCCACAUGGUUGCGCUGCCCCCGCCGCCGGACCCAAACACCGGCGACGGCACGAGCAGCGAUGAGGUCAUUGGGAUAUACGAGACGCCGAGGGAUUUGUACGGGAAGAUACGGCUCGCGCCCAACAUGAUUAAAGAACAUUACAUGCCUAGCUAUAUAAGUACGAUGGAAUCGUUGUUGGAACAGCUUCAGAAGGACGAUGAUGAUACCAGUGUAUGUACCGCAUCAAAUGGCCUGUGA